GUUCGUUUUUACGCCCAGAUGUCGCACGAAGUAAAGCUAAUUCUGGUCUACAGCUGCAUACGAGCAAGUUCGUAAAAGCGGCGAGAACAAAUGAGUUCAGGACCUGUCGGAGCCUUUAAUUUUUGGAUCAGCGUAGUUUAAUCUUCGAAACCAUUAGUUUUACGGCUAAAUUAAUCGCCGGCAUGGCUCAUUUGACGACGGAAAAAGCACUUUGCGUGAUAAUACUCAGCGCUACGCUCUUCGUUUGCGUCGUGGAUGAGGUUGAAGCUCGGGCGAGAAUGCCGAACUUCCACGGAAUGAUUAGCGAAGAUGCAUCGCUUGAAGCACGAGAAGAAUUAGAAAAAAUGCCUCUGUUCGCUAGACGAAACCACGAGGAUCCUCUGUAUUGUUAUUUCUGCCGAGGAGAAGAUCGAUGCAAAAAUGAUCCGAAGUUGAAAGCCUGCGACGCUCCUUACAGAACCUGCGGUACCCUAUUCGCUGACGAUGCCAAAACCAUAGUUCUGGCCAAGGACUGCAGCUACGAGUACGGGUGCAAAUUGCCCACUAAGGGGGAAAUGGCCUUCUUUCCUAAUGCGUAUGUCAAGUGUCAUUGCAUGGCGAGCUUCUGCAACUGGUUUCCCAGGGCGAACAUCCCGGAGAAGGGCGUGGACCUGUCCAAACACAGCGCUGCUGCAGCCGCGAUCGACCCCUGGUGACACGCGGGGGCGAAUUCAGGGUCUCGUCUGGUUUCGUUUUCUUAAUCUCAUUAAGCUCCGCUCAUUCCAGCUUAUAUUUCUUUCCCGUAUCGGCCGAAAAAGGCCAAGCAGAUGCUCUAAUGCAAUUACUGCCCCUCUGAUAAGA